CAGAAGCGGCACCGGCGGGAGGCGGAGAGCGUAGCGGGGCGGUCUGCCUGAAGCCUGAGCCGCUGCCGCGAUGCUGGAGGAGCCGGAGGCCGCGACGCCGAGAGCCGCGGCUAUGGAUUGCAAAGACAGACCUGGAUUCCCAGUGAAGCGGUUGAUACAAGCCCGCCUGCCCUUUAAGCGCCUGAAUCUUGGCCCCAAGGAGAAAGUGGAGAACACAUCGCCCAAGGCAGCUGUGGAAGGCAAAGUCCCGGAUCUACAAUUGUCUUUGGACACUUUGGAAAACCGCUGUCACGCAGGUUCUCAUGUAGGCUUGAGUCCAAAGCUGGUCAGUGGCCAGGGCUCCAUUGAUAGCUUCUUGAGGGCAACAAUCAAGCCGGUACCGAGUGUGGUCAUCAUUGACCUGACCGAGAACUCCAGUGACAUUCCAGACAGCCCUGAGUGCCCCAGCGAACUAAGUCCUGACACUGUCAGUGUGGCCACCACAGUGGAAGAAACCUCCAAGCAGCAGGGCCCCUCUGGAGCAGAACUGGGUCUCCAAGAGACCCCUUCAGACAUUCCUUUUCAUGUGGAAGAGGAACCUGGGAGCCCAGGAGGCCCAAAGAGGACGGAUGACUGUCAGGCUGGUUUGCUACAGAGCUGCCCUGAGCUGACCCCAGGUUCCAGGACCUACACCACAAAGGAGCUGUCAGGCUGGAGCAAGGCAGGGGGUCUCCUGUUUAUAGAGAAAGUGCCCAUGGUGGUGCUGGAGGACAUCCUGGCCACUAAACCCUUACAUGCCUCUCUUCCCAUGAUGUCCCUGGAUAGGAGUGUCAAUUCAGAGAGUGAAGUAUUGGAGUCCAGCCCUGAGGAUGACUCCACACUGAGCCAUUCCUCCCUCAGCUCCCCUUCUCUAACCAGCUCUCCUGAGGGACUAUCUGCACCCCGAGCACAGAGCAGUGGGAACAGCCCCCCUUCCACACCCAUAUGCACAGUUGCCAAGAAGCUUGUCAAAGGCUCCACAGAGAAGGGCAGGAGCAAACUACACAGAGAUAGAGAACAGCAGAGGGAAGAGAAAGAAAAGCUGAGGGAGGAGACUCGACGAGCCAAGGAGGAGGCACGGAGGAAGAAGGAGGAAGAGAAGGAGCUGAAGGAGAAGGAGCGCAGGGAGAAGCGGGAGAAGGACGAGAAGGAGAAGGCGGAGAAGCAGAGGCUCAAGGAGGAACGACGCAAGGAGAGGCAGGAGGCUUUAGAGGCUAAACUGGAGGAGAAGAGGAAAAAAGAGGAGGAGAAGCGGUUACGAGAAGAAGAGAAGCGCAUUAAGGCAGAGAAGGCAGAGAUCACCAGGUUCUUCCAGAAGCCGAAGACUCCACAGGCUCCCAAGACCCUGGCCGGUUCCUGUGGUAAGUUUGCCCCCUUUGAAAUCAAAGAACACAUGGUGCUGGCUCCGCGGUGCCGGGCUGCCUGGGAUCAGGACCUGUGUGAUCAGCUGGACGAGCUCCUGCGACAGCAGAGUGGGACCAGCUCCUUCCUCCGUGACCUAAAGGGGCGGCUACCCCUGAGGUCGGGACCCACCCAGGGCUGCAACCGUGACACAGACAUCAUGGACAGGGAUGUGGUCAUCGUGGAGAGCAGCAAGGUAGAUGGUAUGCCUGAGAGGAAGAGGUUUGGCCGCAUGAAGCUCCUGCAGUUCUCAGAGAACCACCGGCCAGCAUACUGGGGGACAUGGAACAAGAAGACGGCAAUCAUCCGCCCCCGUGACCCCUGGGCCCAGGACAAGAACCUUCUUGACUAUGAGGUAGACAGUGAUGACGAGUGGGAAGAAGAGGAGCCUGGGGAGUCUUUGUCCCACAGUGAGGGGGAUGAGGAUGAUGAUGUGGGGGAAGACGAGGAUGAGGACGAUGGCUUCUUUGUGCCCCAUGGGUACCUGUCUGAGGAUGAAGGCGUGACUGAGGAGUGUGCGGACCCCGAGAACCAGAAAGUGCGCCAGAAGCUGAAGGCCAAGGAGUGGGAUGAACUCCUAGCCAAGGGCAAGCGCUUCCGCGUGCUGCAGCCUGUGCAGGUGGGAUGUGUGUGGGCAGCCGAGGCAGCCAACUGCACAGGCUCCGACUUGAAGCUGCUGCAGCAGUUCACCGUAUGCCUGCUGGAUGUAGUACCCCCUGACGAGCCAGAACUCAAGGCCCCCAGGCGGGAGAAGAGGGACCAGCAUAUACUAGCCCAGCUGCUUCCACUGCUACAUGGCAAUGUGAAUGGGAGCAAGGUGAUCAUCCGAGAAUUCCAGGAGCGCUGCCGCCGUGGCUUGCUGAGCCUCCCAAGUCCUACCCUACACCCACAGACACCCAAUGCAGAGGAUGCCAUGGCUGUGCCAUCCAAGGCCAGGCUGAAGCGCCUUAUCUCCGAGAACUCUGCCUAUGAGAAGCGGCCCGACUUCCGUAUGUGCUGGUAUGUGCACCCACAGGUGCUCAGGAGCUUUGGCCAGGAGUGCCUGCCUGUACCCUGCCAGUGGACCUAUGUCACGGCCGUACCCUCAACACCCAGGGAAGACAGUGGCAACAUUUCUUCUGAGGGGCCUGGCCAGAGCACACCCAUGCCCCUCAAGCGGAAGCCAGCGGCCACCAUGUGCAUCACACAGUUCAUGAAGAAGCGGCGCCAUGAUGGACAGGCUGGCUCUGGAGACAUGGAUGGCUUCCAGGCAGACACAGAAGAGGAUGAGGACGAUACAGACUGUAUGAUCAUAGAUGUGCCAGAUGUUGUGGAUGACGUCUCAGAAGUUCCCAUACCCACACCCACGCUUUGCAAAUGACAGGUCUCAAGUUGAAAGACCUAGGGACUCUGGGGAAAGCGACCUGAGCGGCAGGGAGUGGAAUAAGGGUACAUGAAGUGCAAGGCUGGUAGCAAGCAUGGUCUGGUCAGUAGAGGCCACACCUCCUCUCAGCCUUAUAGAGCUGCUGAGGGAGAUAGGAAUGGGCACUGGCAGCAGCCUGCAGCACCCGAUUGGUGACCAGGAGCCUUGAGCCUCCUGCUGACUCCUGUAUAAGAGCACUUUGUCCUACACCCCGGGGUCUGGAGUCUAGAGGAGGCCUGAACAGUUACUUCCAAAUUGUAAAGACCCCGGGGCUGCGUGCUAAUCUACCCUUAUUAGUUAAGCAUUAUCGACAGCUGAUUGACAGUGCCUGCUUGGGCCCUGGUCACAGUGCCUGCUGUGGCCAAAUGCCUGCUAUGAAUUGUGCCUGGUAUGCUGUUGUGUGCAGGCCCUGGGCAAAUGUGGACAUGUAUAAAUAUACUCUACCUGA